AUGGCUGAAAUCGAGAUGGACGUCGACUUGGCCCCGUCAAUCAAGUUUGACGAACAGGCUGACGAUGACCUCAUCGACUACGACAUCGAUACGACCGAAGACCACACCCACGACCCAUGGCCAUCUCACCAGGAUGAGCAAAUCUCAAGUGCGCCAGAACCCGUGCACUCAACCGAAGAAUAUGUAGGUACCGAAUCGAAAAAUAUCGAACCCGAACACGACGAACAACACUUCCGAGAUACGGAAGCAGAUCACCCUCAGGACAACAUGGUAUAUAACCAUGACGAUGCUGCUGAAGAAUCCCAUCAGCAGCCAGAAGUAGCCGCCGAGAUACAUGAUGAGAAUAAUCCUUUGGAGACGGAACAAUCCAAAGAUGUCACCGUCGCUGAGACCGAAAAUGUAGUAGAUGAGAUUGAUUACGAGGAUGGCGAUGUUACGGCGACACAGGAGGAGUCACGCCAUGAGCCAGAUGAAAAGGAAAACCCGGUGGGCGACAUUGUCGCUGCCGAAGAUGUCACCGAAGCCACCGCGGUAGAGCCUGUUACGGCAGAGCCCGCCAACGCCCAGCCACCAACCGAAUCUGCUGGUAGUGCUGACGUGCCAGAGUCGGGGGCCAAAGAAGAUGAAGAUGAAAUAACCUGGGAGCAUGAGGAUGCUGAACCGGAGGCUGCCAGCGGUGCUGUAGAGACUACCGCUUCCGAGACUGCCAUCCCGCCUGCAGACGAAAGCUCGCACGCGCACGCUGGAACCGAGAACAGCGGUUCGCACGACCAGGUGUACGAACAGCACACCAAUGCAACAGGUUCCGAUUAUGAGGACAAUGCGAUGGAUGGCUCGGCAGAACAAGAGUCUGUGCAAUACCAGCAAGACGAAUCGCUAUCACAGCCGGAGGAGCCGAGCUCUGAAGAGCACGAUUUCCCGGCGAUCACUGUACAAUACAAGGGGGACGAGUUUCCCUUCUUUUCACAUGAUAAAACGGAAGGCUUCUUUUCUGAUGUAUCCGUUUUGGAUCUCUCGAUGGAGUCGGUUCUUGCUGGCUUUCGAGCCGAGCUAGAAAAUGAAAUUGCUGCACAGGAUGAACUUGUCUUCCAAGUCGAUGAACUUGGGCUUGAAUUUGCAGAGGCUACAGAACAAAAGUCCCUCGCAGCCAUUACACUACGGCAGGUGUUGGAGGUAUUUGACUUGUUUGUGAAGAACCAAGAUCCCGAUAGUUCGCGAGUUCUAUAUACGUAUCUCUUUACAAGGUCGAAUGCUGGCAAACGAUUUGAAUUCCUGGCUGAGAGUGCGGCGGCCGGUAGAGGGCUCGAUGAAGUGAUUCAUUUAUUCGAGUCUCCUUUCGGACAUCAUCAUGCCGCCGCCGAAGGCCAUCACGGACAUAGUCAUAGUCAUGACCAUGAUGAGGUCAGCGAAACCAAUGAAGCUACAGAAACUCACGAGAGCGCUGAGGACGAUGAACAUGAUGAGAAUGAUGCAGCUGGUGCCACUGAAGAAUCCGAAGCAUCAGAUGAUGAAGAAGGGGAAGAGGAAGAAACCUCAACCGUUGAAGAACAGCCUGUCGACACUGCUGAUCAAUAUGAAGAGGAAGAAGAGGAAGUAGAAGAGGAAGAAGAUGAAGAUGAGGAGGAUGAGGAUGAAGACUUCAUGGGAGAAACUGAAGAUUUUAUCGGAGAUGUCGAAGAGACUGUCAACCAGGAGGGAGACUACAGUGACGGCGCGGAUGAGGAGUACAAAGAUGAACAGCUCCAGGCAGUGGUUGUAGAGCCAGUGAACCAUUCCGAUAACGGGCGUGCAAAUGGAGACGCAGAAGAUGCACCAGAUGCGACUUACUCAUAUGAUGAUGAAGAUGACGACGCCGAGGCCAACCCAUUCAUUCACCUGGAACUUCAGGAAUCCAUGGAAAACAAUGGGGGCGAGCUCGACUAUGAAGAGAUUGUGCAUGUGGAAGGCGGCGAUGGAUCAUCUCGCCAGAUUCCCAUGCAUCCGAUGGACGAAUACAUCGACUCCAACGAGCCCGACACCGGCACAACCAACACGCUGGUUGAUAAUGCAGAAGCCAUCUCCAACCUACUAGACAUUGGCACGGUGCAAGGGCUAGACGAAGUUACCAACGAGGAUCUGGCCUUUGAUGACGAGAUGCCCGAGAUCGACUGGAGAGAUGGCCUGGACGCCGCCGACGAUGCCAAAAACGACAUGGCUACUACACCCUCUGGUCUAUCAAAACGGGCUCGAGACGAGGACGAGCAAGGCGCAGAAGACGAGCAA